CAAACUCACUCACACAUGACUUUUCUUUUCACACAAUUUAAUCGACACUUUACCCACUUUUUUCUCCAAGAUCACCGACGAAACACAGAUUUCGUCGUCUAUAACUCCUCCUCCAUCGUUAAUAUCUCCCACACAAAACCCUGCAGCAAACAAACAAACAAACAAACAACGCACUAUUCUUCAUUCAACUCAAUAAUCAUCCAUAAAACUCAUCACAAGGGUUUUUCAGAUCUGGCGAAAAUGAAAGUUUUUGAGAAAUUCAAGAUCUGGGUUUUGUUGAUCUGCUUGAUUUCUCAACUGGGUUAUGGGUAUUAUCUCCCUGGUAGUUAUCCUCACAAAUAUGUUGUAGGUGAUACAUUGUCUGUGAAAGUCAACUCUUUGACUUCAAUCGAGACUGAAAUCCCCUACAGUUAUUACAGUUUACCGUUAUGUAAACCCCAAGAGGGUGUUAAAGAUAGUGCUGAGAAUCUUGGUGAGCUUUUGAUGGGAGAUAGGAUCGAAAACUCGCCGUAUAAGUUCAAGAUGCACACGAAUGAGACCGAGAUCUUUCUUUGUCAAACCAAGCCCUUAUCGAGCGAUGAGUUUAAGCUUUUAACGAGUAGGAUCGAUGAAAUGUAUCAGGUUAACGUGAUUCUCGAUAAUUUGCCAGCGAUUCGGUACACCAAGAAGGAUAAUUUCUUGGUGAGAUGGACCGGGUAUCCACUCGGGGUCAAGAUUCAAGAUACUUAUUAUGUGUUUAAUCACUUGAAGUUUACGGUUCUUGUUCAUAAGUACGAAGAGACAAAUGUGGCUAGUGUUAUGGGUGCAGGGGAUGCUGCUGAGACGAUCCCUACUGUUGACAAACCGGGAGCUGAUAUUCCUGGUUAUAUCGUUGUCGGGUUUGAGGUCACUCCGUGUAGCUUCCAGCACAAUGCCGAGUCGUUAAAGGAUUUAAAGAUGUACGGGAAGUACCCGUCGAAAAUCUCGUGCGAAACCAGCACCGUAACAAUGGGUAUAAAAGAAAACCAGCCUGUGGCUUUCACUUACGAAGUUGAAUUCGUCGAGAGCGAUAUCAAAUGGCCAUCAAGAUGGGACGCUUAUUUGAAAAUGGAAGGGGCGAAAGUACACUGGUUUUCGAUCCUGAAUUCGUUAAUGGUUAUCACUUUCUUGGCGGGAAUCGUGCUCGUGAUUUUCUUGAGAACCGUAAGGCGGGAUUUGACUCAUUACGAAGAGUUAGACAAAGAGGCGCAAGCCCAGAUGAACGAAGAGUUAUCAGGCUGGAAACUCGUUGUGAGUGACGUUUUUCGUGUUCCCGAUCAUCCAGCGCUUUUAUGCGUUAUGGUUGGUGACGGGGUUCAGAUUCUUGGAAUGGCGGUUGUCACGAUCCUGUUUGCUGCACUUGGGUUCAUGUCUCCGGCUUCUCGUGGGACCCUGCUCACCGGUAUGCUGUUCUUUUACAUGAUUCUCGGAGUCGCGGCUGGUUACGUUGCUGUACGUAUGUGGAGAACGAUUUUCAUCGGCGAUCAUAAAGGUUGGGUGUCCGUUUGCUGGAAAGUCGCUUGCUUUUUCCCGGGUAUCGCGUUCUUGAUCCUUUUCGUGUUAAACUUCCUCUUAUGGGGCUCACACAGCACCGGUGCAAUCCCGUUUUCGCUAUUCGUUAUCCUAAUUCUGCUAUGGUUUUGCAUAUCCGUCCCGUUGACACUCGUUGGUGGUUAUUUCGGUGCAAAGGCCCCGCAUAUCGAGUACCCGGUUCGAACCAAUCAAAUACCGCGUGAAAUCCCACCUCAAAAGUACCCAUCUUGGUUACUCGUUCUUGGUGCGGGUACACUUCCGUUCGGGACACUCUUUAUCGAGCUUUUCUUCAUAAUGUCUAGCAUAUGGAUGGGCCGGGUUUACUACGUUUUCGGGUUUUUAUUCAUCGUCUUGAUCCUUUUGGUAGUCGUUUGCGCUGAGGUGUCACUAGUCUUGACCUACAUGCAUCUAUGCGUCGAGGAUUAUAAGUGGUGGUGGAAGUCGUUUUUCGCUUCAGGCUCAGUUGCAUUAUACAUUUUCUUGUACUCGAUUAACUACCUUGUUUUCGACCUCAAGAGCUUAAGCGGGCCUGUUUCGGCUACGCUUUAUUUGGGUUACUCGUUGUUCAUGGUUCUAGCCAUCAUGCUCGCGACUGGGACCGUUGGGUUCCUGUCAUCGUUCUGGUUCGUGCACUAUUUGUUCUCUUCGGUGAAACUUGAUUGAUGUUUCGAACCGGAGGUUAGAUGAAUUUGGAGGGAAAUGAGAAUAAGUUGGUUUGAGUUUUUGUAAUGUUAGUUACAAGUUUGUAAUCUUUAAGUUCUUGUUAGUAUUGUAUGAAAUCAUGGGCAAAUUAUAUUGGAUUUUUAAGUUGGUUUUUUCAUUCAUA